UGGUGUAUAGAGGCACUCAACUCGGAGAUCCUAGUUGCGUUUUGGUGAGGUAGAUUGAUGAGAUUUUAAAUUGUUGUUUUACAUUAGAGCCUCAUAUUCAGUUUGUAUGGCCUAAGAGCCUAGAUGUAUCAACAUUGGUUUGUAACGAAAGUUAUUGAUAUUUCGCUGCGUGAAAAUAGAUAAAUGUGUGUGUUUAUUUUGAGGUAUUGUUCUAUAUCAUCCUUGUGAUGACCUCCUUUCGAAUGUCCUAUGCUAGCGGGCACAUUCGUGAGUGGGCCCUUACAGUUUUGGUAUCAGAGCAGUUAGGUAUAUGAGUGAGGAGAGUCUCUGUACACUUAGGAUUGGUGGGUAGAGUAGAUGUGUGUUUAGUAGUCUAGUGAGACUAAGUUAAGAUGGAGUACUAAAAGGUCUUUUGGUUGUACAGGAAAUGAGUGGACGUUGAGGAAGGCCGCCGACACGCGCCCGAGGCAAUCGGGCAAUUCUUGCUCCAGGUCUUGAUCCCAUUCCGGAGCCUGCACCUGUACCUAACCCUACACCACCCCCAGCAUCGCCUACUCCUACAGAUUCAGUGGCAGAGUUGCGCCAAGAGGUUAGUGAGUUGAGGGGCACGAUGGCUUCCAUGUUGAGGCAUUUCGAGGAAUUCAUGGCCCAUCAGGGCAGGCCAGGACAGGUGCCGCCGGUAGUAGGGAAUGAGCCAGUCUUACAAGAAAAUGUUAGUGGUCAGACGUCGAACCCAGUGCAAGAGGAGGUCGAGCCUCAGGGUAUGGAUGGUAAUGCUGACAGUCAGUUAGUGAGGAACUUCAUGGCACUUAGGCCAUCAGAAUUCAGAGGGGGAAACGACGUUCUGGUUGCAGAAAAGUGGCUGAUGGCAAUAGAGAAACAUCUACGGACCAUAGGAUGCACUGAUGCACAGAAGGUACAGCUGGCCACAUACCUAUUUCGGGGAGCAGCUGAGAGGUGGUGGGAGACGGCUAGACUGCGAUUCAGGAACAGGGAGCCAUCUUGGGCUGAAUUUAGGGAGCUCUUCAAUACCAAUUAUUUUCCCGCCUGGGUUCGUAGCCAGAAGACAUACGAGUUCAUCGAGUUGACCCAGGGCAACAUGUCAGUGGCUCAGUAUGAGGAGGAGUUCACCUCCCUAGCACGCUUUGCCCCCGAGUUAGUAGACACUGAUGAGAAGAAAGCGACCAAGUUCUUGAGAGGGCUGCGAGUGGAGAUUCGAUUUCAGCUAGCAGGUGCGCAGUUCACUGACUAUUCUACACUGGUACAUCGGGCAUACAUCAUUGAGAGGGAGAGGAGCGAGCUGAGAGCAGCCCUGGCAGCUACUAGGGGGUCAGGCUCAGCCCAGGGACAGGGCAAUGACAGGAAGAGGAAGGGUGCACCAGGGCCUUCGAGAGGCACGCCAGACAUCCCCCCAUGCAAGACAUGUGGAAAGAGGCAUCGUGACCCAUGCCGCUACGACAGAGGGGUGACAUGUUACACUUGUGGUCAGGCGGGGCACGUACAGAUGGACUGCCCUCAGGGGUCAGGUAGAGCAGGCAGCCAGGAGGUGACAUGUUUUAAAUGUGGGCGCAAGGGCCAUAAGGCCAACGUUUGUUCAGUGCCACCCCAGCGAGGAGGCCAAAGGCCGGGGUAUCAGAGUGAUAGAUUUGGGCAGAGGCAGUCAGUGCCUAGACUUCAGGAGAUGGCACCAUCAUUGGCACUACCACCAGGACAGAGCACCGCAGAUGCUGAUAGACCCCACAUCCAGGGGCGAGUGUUCGCCUUGACUACAGCUGAAGCAGAGCAAGGGAAAGACACAGUGCAAGGUAAAGGUAAAGCAGUUAUUAAGGGCGAGUCCAGUAGGACUACAACCCAAGGGUAGUGGUGUACAGAGGCACUCAACUCGGAGAUCCUAGUUGUGUUUUGAUGAGGUAGAUUGAUGAGAUUUUAAAUUGUUGUUUUACAUUAGAGCCUCAUAUUCGGUUUGUAUGGCCUAAGAGCCUAGAUGUAUCAACAUUGGUUUGUAACGAAAGUUAUUGAUAUUCCGGUGCGUGAAAAUAGAUAAAUGUG